AUGUUUUCGUCGUCGUCGCGUCGACGAGGUAGCAGCGCGAGCCGCACUCGGUCUAUGGAUCAGAGUACGAGCGCCGCUGCGACUCAAGCCGCCAGAAGUGCGGCUGGCGGUCUAUAUCGCCCACCCUCGAGCGGGAGUUUGUCUUCAGCAGCCGCCGCCGCAGCGCUGCGAUCUGCUACCACAACUCCGGAGCCCAUCGGCAGCAUUCAAACGAAGCGCAUGGUCAGGCGCGGCUCGAAUUCGUCCAUUGGCAGUGGAAGUGUUAUGGGACGUGGAGGGCUACAAAGGCARAACAGCAAUGGGUCCAUGACAGAUCGCACGUUCAGAUCGCCUUCACCAGGGAGUAGCAUUGGGUUUGCUGAGGGCGCAAGGUCGCCAGAUCCUUACGCGCCUCCGGUUCCAGCAAUACCCAAACAUAUACCCAACGGACACCGACGCUCGUCUAGCAUGGAUCCGCCGCAACGAGUCAUGUCGCCGGAUCGAGGCACUCGGGGGCGAGGCGUUAGCGCCGAUAGAGCAGGCAGCAUGUCUACGGGCUCUGCUAGAAAACCACCCAGGCUUUCCGAUGUGGCAGAGGAGCUGGAACGAUCGGACAGCACCCGCAAUACAAACUUCUCCAGACCGCGACAGCUGAGCAGCCCCAUGGGAUCGCCAACAAUGGACAAGAAGUUCACCCACAGUGCUGGAGCGUGGCAUUCAGAGCCGAUCGUUGAAAAGCCGGUAAACAGACAGAGCGCGCGUGCAGCGGCAUUGGAUCAGAAGAUUGCAAGAAUACAGGCUGCUGCUGGACAAUCGGGCAGAAACGGCAGCUUGAGGUCUGCUUCUCAGCCCGCAAAUCUUACAAGAGCCAAUCUGGAGGCUGCAUCGGCCGCUGCAGACGACUACGAAACGAUCAUGGUCUUCGACGCGGGCUCUCGAACCUUCGUUCCCCAAAGGCGACUCAAGGUGAUCUCCAAUGAACCAUCAUCACCCGUUCUUCCUCAGGCCCCUGCACUGAAGCCUGGUCAGUACGACCCCAGCACACGUACAAUAGUGCCCCACCCAACGCCCGCGCCCACGCCCGCUGCUCGCCAAACGCAGCCUGCUCGCAGCCAACGACGAGUUCCGGCUGCGCUGGACACAAGCCUCGAGCCGCCUCCACGCAACCCUGCACGUCUCUCUCCCACCAGCAGCCCGACGAGUCCGCGCCAUACUUUGCAGAAGCAUCCAUCUGUCGUGCAUGAGAGACUUGACGAGGACGAAGAGUUGUCUAGCUCACGAGCCUCGGAAUAUGCAGACAGUGGCAAGGUUCUUCAGACGUCGGCAGGGCCUGCUGUGGCGUACACAACUCCCACAACAAAGCCGAGGUCUUCAAGUCUGGACGUGCCACGAGGUGCUAUGAACGGGUCCUUCAGGGGAAGACAUAUUUCGACCUCGCCCAGUCCCCAACGAGCGCGAUUUUCGGCGUCUCCUGUCGUCGGGACUACCAUGCAUGACCCGCCAUCCCGAGAUCUUUCACCUGUAAAGUCAGCCAUGAAGCACUCUCCUGCGCCUUCUGCCCGCGCCGCUUCUCCACUGGCACACUACUCCAACCCAAAGUCGCCUUCAAGUGUGACGUCUGACACGCCUUCUGUUACUUCCAAUGAUGGCUCCGCCAAGAAAAAGAAAUCCGUCAGAGUUAGCUUCGAUGAACAACCGAAAGUUACCACCCUUGCCAGCCCCAGCGCGCCCAAGACGUUUGAGGAUAUUGACGACGACGACGAUCUCAUGAAGCCAAGGCCAGCUUUGCCGAGCUUUSGUAGCGUGCGAAAGAACAGAGCCAAUCCUGAGUUCGCCGAAAAGGUUACAGAAAUGGCACCAGAACGGAGUGUGGGCAGCAAUCACGCUGUGGGUGGCAUCUUUGCCAAUCCUAAUGGAAACGCCAAUCCCAAGGAGGAGCCGGUGGUGCCCAGUAUAGAGGCCACUGAAGAUAUCAGCGACAGCGACUACUCUGCCGAUGAGCAGGCCGACCCUUCCACAACGUCCUCCUCCAAUGCUGACGAUGCGGGGGUCAUUUCUCGGGACUUUGCUCCCGCCAAGGUUGCCGAGACCAAAACGGACAGUAACGUGCCCAACAUCACCCUCCUGCCUCCCACCCCGGCGGUGGAGCUCGAGAGUUGGAGCGCGUCUGCUUCUGGCGACGCAUCUUCUAAAGCUCGGCUUUCCAAAGAGGUGGUCCUACCAGGAGGGUGGAACACAGUUGAAAACGAAGUGGAUGCUGAUAGCGAUGCUACCGAAACACAAGAGGCCUCAAAUUUACAUGCCAUUAACGAAUUUGGCGACAGUGAUGACGACGAGGCAGCUUUCAGCGACGCCGCGGAGGAACAGUCGGAUGUGGAAGGAGGUUUCGCAUCUUUGGAUGCGAUCGCUGUCAGCCCUAUUGUCACUACUUCGAAAACAUCCAAGACUAUCUCUCCGGAGAGUCCGUCUGCUCACAGGGCCACAAAGAAUGUCGAAACCGAUGAUAAUGGCGACUGGUCUCAAGCAACUGCUUAUUGGUCCACACUCAGCAGACAGCAACGUGAACAGAUAGAGCGCGAGCACUUCUCUUCUGAUGACGAAGGACGCCCUGUGCCAGCCGUGAAGAAGACCAAGAAGAAGACAGCGCCCAAGCAAAACGCCGGGCUGUCUCCUAAUACUGCCGCUGCGACGCAGAAGUCUUCACUAGCUAGCUCCACCGCCCACCCCGCGAAGCCAGCGUUGAAGAAGACUAUGCGUGCGCAGCCCGAAGAACACCCUGUGGAGAAGCAAGUCCACAUGCGUUCAUCCAUGCGCGCAGGUGGAGGCAGUGGUUUGGUUUCAACGCUGCGCGAUGGGCAGCAGUCCACUGAGCGGCCGGGCUCGUUGCAGAGGAAAACCAUGCGCAAUGCACGGAACGACGAUGCAACUUCCAUGGCAGAUGCCAGCUCCCACGCACGUCAAGAGAGCCAGUCUUCCAUCUUGUCUCAGCCCAAGAAUCAUACUAGAGCUUCAAGUCAGCCAGCUCAGUCGAUGUCCGCCAGGUUGCAAAAGGAGCUUCGAAAAGCAGAUGAUUCCGAUUCGGACAGCAGCUUCAAGAAGCAGCGCCGCAACGCGCGCACUCACGCCGGCUUUGCCAUGAAGUCGAGCAUGCGUGGUGGCUCAGAAGAUGUUGAACGUGCUCCCAAGCGAGCUGUCUCGCCAACUCCACCAACUCGCGCGAAAGGAAAAGACUCUUUCAGUAUACGCUCUCUGUCACCGACCGGAUCCCUGUUUGGGCGGAAGAAGAUGAAUAGGGAUCCUCCGGCUCGGGCUGCCUCUGUUGAUCCAGGAAGCAAGACUUUGCGUGGGUCUCAGCCCCAAAAGAGCUCGUUCAGGACUCCAACCGCGGCUCCAGCCCCUGCCAAAAACWCUGGUUCGAGAUUUAAAUCUCGUUUCGCAGACUCGGAUGAUGAAGAUGAUGAACCUGCUCCGGCCAGUGGUGGGCGAUUCGCAAGCCGAUUUGGAGACUCGGACGAUGAAGAUGAUGUAUUCACACCGGUCAAGUUGGCCCCCGUGCGAGGCAUUCCCCGACGCAAUGGCCAGAACGACGGAGAUUCGACUGACCUUUCCGAUGAGGAUGAACAGGCUGCAAUGACCAAGCGAGAGAAGUUCAACUUGCCGAUGGUUCCGGAUCCAUCCGACGUCGACAAAGCAAURGAAGCUGCACGCAAGAAGCUGGGUAUCGUUGAACCUCCAGUUCAGAUCGGCAGUGAGGGCGGUGCUCUGGCGCAGGGCAGCUUGAGGGGUAGCACUCAUGAGGCGAAUCCGGCCUCCAUUUCAACGGCAGGUGCUGCGGAUGCAGCUCCGAAGAAGCGCGGGUUCAUGGGCAGUAUCUUGCGCCGUAACCGUGCGAGCACAGCCUCCAUUCCUKGAUAUCGGCUUUCAACGAGCACACCCUCCUCUCCAAAGGUCUCUACAUCCACAGCUCCACCUACCGUUCCAGACAUUGCUGCGCCGGGCAGUCCAACAAGCCCCGGCAAGCUUGUCCAUGGUGCUUCCUACCAGCCUCAGCCGCCCCGCAUGCGUCGUGGCGACUCCACGUACUCCAAUGCCACUGCGCCGCCCGCCACGGGCGAGAGCAACAUCGGCGAUUGGCCUCUACCCCCAGUGCCAAAACUUCCAGACGGCUAUGGUGACUCAGAUCGGCCCAACACCUCCGAGGGAACUGGGGUGAGAUUUGCAGAGGGUGCUCAGGUAUACAGUGCCAGGACUGGCAAGAAGAAGAAGUUUUCUAUGUUGAGAAAGGCAUUUGGUCUACAUGACUAA